CCAUCCCCAAUCAAUGCGGCUGCCACUCAUCAAAAGCUCAUCAGUUUAACUUUUAGCUUUGAUUUCUGAAAAGAGGGGAUUCUCCCUGUUUAAAGUUCUUUAAAAUAACUUCUUUUUUUUUUGGCAGAACUAAGAAGGGAAGUCCAAAACUGAUCACCUGUUUACUUUCUGUCACAAAAUUUCUUUUCGAUUUAAAAAAAAAGAACAGAAAAGGGGGAGUUGAGAUUCCAAAAUGCCUACGAAUACAGCUAAGAAAGGUUCAAGCGUAGCGGAAAAGCAGGAAAAGCAGGAAAUCGAUGGAGGCGAACGAUCGGACACCGAAAGCGUUUUAAGUGAUGUGGAACCGCAUCAUGUUCAUAUUGUGGAGGAUCCGAAUGUCCUGCGAAUAGCUGUGAUGGCUUCUCCUGAGGUUACCCUGGGUUUUCUUCUAGCUGGAGUUGGCUAUCAAAGGGAAAGGUUUCGUAACUAUAUGAUGGUGGAAAGCGAUACUCCCCAAGAGGAACUUGAGAGGUUCUUUCUUUUGGUUUACAAGAAGGCCACUAUUGGCAUCAUCAUUCUCGAUUAUGAUGCGGCCAAGAAACUGAGGAAUGUGAUGCAGCGUUGCCAGCAGUUGCUGCCCAUCCUGGUCACAGUGCCUAGUAAAUCCUCAUUGACCACGUAUUUGGAUAAAAAGGAGCGAAAUCGACGGCUACGCCAAAGGGAUGCCUAUUAGGAUUUGGGUUUUUAGUGACUAUUUCUAACUCCCCCUUGAGCUGUGAUUAAAUUUAAUAAAUAGAGAUGGGAUUAUGUACGCUAAA